UCCCCUACAGAUGAUAUUGACGCAGCAGACCGUCACGUCAUCACUGAUGACCUGAGAUAUUAACUUUUUGUUUAUUUAUUUAUUUCAGCGCGCGUGAGUAAGAAGAAGCUCGAUUCGUUGAAACAAAACGACACCGAGUGACUAAUCUGCGAGAAGUGGCGUGAGACGGACACUUAAGCUAAUGAACAUCGAAAACAGUUCUGUCCAGAACGAUUGCUCAGCCCUCAUUUCCGGGAAGUGUGGGCACGGUGCCCGUGUCCGAUGUGUGUGGCACACCGACCGUCUGUCCAAAACAAACACUCCUCUUAAGCCGGGAGCGCGAGCUUGGGUUUGAAGGAACACAUAUACACCCCCACACACACUCGCGAGCGCGCGCGCGUCUUGUGCGCUGAGAGGACGCGGAAAGCGCCGGGAGAGGCGCGAGCGGUCACACACCUCGUGCAUGGGGCAAAAAAGAUGGCAUGCGCUUGGAUACUAUUCGCGGUCACACUUUUAUUUACCUUACCACCAGGCCUGUUCAAGCCAGUCAUCUCUCCUGACAGUCCUCACCUGGUCAUUCAGAAAGGUGGGCAACUAGAGCUGCGUUGCGAAGACAACAUAAGGUUUGAUGCCAACAGCCUGCGGUGGCACCGGGAUAAAGGCAAGAGGAUUGAGGGAGAACUAGUGAAAGAUGGAGUCAUCAUUAUUAGCCUCGCCUCCGUCCAGCCGCAGCACAUGGGCCGCUACACCUGCCAGAGCACUGAAACAAGAGAAAAGAGCUCCAUCUUUAUUUAUGUGAAAGAUCCGGAGAGCGCAUUUGUGCGUUCUAUGGUAAACGGCUUGCUUGCGAAAGAGGGCGAGGACUGCACUCUGCCGUGCUUAGUGACAGAUCCGGCCGUAACCAGUUUGUCUCUACUGAGCUGUAGUGGCAGCGCCGUGCCAGCUGGACUUUCUUACACGGCUGACCUACAGAAAGGCAUCGUCAUCCAUAACAUCACCAAGGCGUUCGAGGGAUGCUACGUCUGCACCGGGCUCAUGGGUGGAAUAAUGGUGAAGUCGAGUCAGUACGACGUGAACGUGAGACAAGUUCCAGAAUCUGUUCCAGUAAUAAGUCUGUCCAGAUCCGAAAAUGUGAUAUUGAUGAAGAACGAAGCGUUUGAGCUCAUCUGCACCACCUCUAACAUCAAUCAUGACUUCCAUUUGACAUGGAGUUUCCCUCCAGAAGCGAAUGCACUGGAGUCACAUGCCUCUCACAUCGUGCCUGGUUCCUGGGGUUACAAGCGCUCAUCUACACUCUGGAUUCAAUCUGUAGUGAUGAGCGACUCUGGAAUUUAUGGCUGCCAGGCCCAGAAUGAGAAGGGUGUCUCCACUGCUACAGUUCGCCUUGAUGUUUACGAACGUGGCUUCAUUAAUGUAACCGAAGGAGAGAACAAGGCUGUGGACGUGCGAGAGGGAGAGAGCCUGACGCUGCGAGUGGAAAUGACCUCAUAUCCCAAGCCGAGCUCUGCGUACUGGACUUACAACAACCAGCAGCUCAAAAACACCUCCGAGCACGUCAUCACACUACAUAACCAGCAAUAUAGGCACAUCAAUGAGUUGAAGUUGGUCCGUGUUCAUUGUGCCGAAGGUGGAAUCUACACUUUCUCAGCCAGUCAUAAUUACACAUCCGUCAAUAAGUCGUUCUCCGUCCAUGUCAACUGCAAGCCGAUUAUCGUUUCUCAGGAGGGGCCGAUUGAUGGACAGGUGAAGUGCGUUGCGUCAGGAUACCCCGCUCCAAAAAUAUCCUGGUACUACUGUGAACCACGACACACACGAUGCUCUCAGCUAAUGAACGCCACACAGGAAGAAGAGGACACAGCCAUUGUGACGAUGUCAAGGUCAAAGUUCGGCCGCACUGAGGUGGAGAGCCGCCUCAACAUCACCAAGGGAAAAUACCACACCCUAGAGUGUGUGGCAACCACGCUGGGAGAAGAGGCUUAUACACUGUUCUCCAUCAGCGAGCGCACAGUCCCUCAUAAACUCUUCACCCCUGUGCUGACUGGAGUUGUAACAGCUUCUAUAGUGCUCAUGUUAUUUCUAAUCAUACUGCUCUACAAGUACAUGCAGAAACCCAAGUAUGAGAUUCACUGGAAAGUGAUUGACAGUAUCCAUGGCAACAACUAUACCUAUAUCGACCCCACCCAGCUGCCUUAUGAUCCCAAGUGGGAAUUUCCGAGAGAGAGGCUACGCUUUGGAAAAAUCCUUGGCGCUGGGGCUUUUGGUAAAGUGGUGGCAGCUACAGCGUAUGGUCUCAGCUCACCUGACACUGUCACCACUGUGGCUGUAAAGAUGCUCAAGCCGAGCGCUCACUCCACUGAAAAGGAAGCUCUGAUGUCAGAGCUGAAGAUUCUGAGUUACCUUGGCAACCACAUGAAUAUUGUCAACCUGCUUGGCGCCUGCACUGUAGGAGGCCCGAUUCUGGUGAUCACAGAGUUCUGCUGUUACGGUGACCUGCUGAACUUCCUGAGGAGAAAGAGGGAUGCAUUUUUCAGCUCUAAAACAGGAGAUGGAUAUUAUAAAAACCUUCUAAGUCAGACCCAGUCUUCAAGGGAAGGCACAGAAAAUGGCUACAUGCCCAUGAGAUCCUAUCAGAAGAAAUCUAAACAAACAGAAUGGAGUGAUGAUAAGGAUGACUUGUCUGUUGAUACUGAGGAUCUGCUCAGCUUCUCCUACCAAGUCGCCAAAGGCAUGGACUUCCUCACAUCCAAAAAUUGCAUCCAUAGAGAUCUGGCAGCAAGAAACGUUUUACUGACUAAGGGACGGGUUGCCAAGAUCUGUGACUUCGGCCUGGCUCGUGACAUCACCAAAGACUCCAACUAUGUUUUGAGGGGAAACGCACGUCUCCCAGUCAAAUGGAUGUCUCCCGAGAGCUUGUUUUCAUGUGUGUAUACGUUUGAAAGCGACGUUUGGUCCUAUGGCAUCUUACUCUGGGAGAUCUUCUCUCUAGGGAACAGUCCAUAUCCCGGCGUUCCAGUUGGUUCCAUGUUCUACAAGAUGAUACAGGACGGGUACAGGAUGAGCGAGCCAGAAUUUGCUCCAAGUGAGAUCUAUGAGGUGAUGAGGUGGUGCUGGAGCUCUGAUCCUCUGAAGAGACCAACCUUCAGGAAACUGGUAGAAAGGACUGAAAUGUUGCUCUCUGAAGCCACCAAACAUGUGUAUUUGAAUCUCAGUGAGAAUGGAGGCGGCAGUAUCAGUGAGUCAUCUGAUUGUCCAUGGCUGCAGAGAGCACCAUCUCAGAGGCUGAGCUCAGUGGGCAGCACCACAGCAUCGACCCAACCCCUGCUGCUAGCCACCAAUGAUGUUUUUCUGGAACAUGAGACUUGCUAAGGACCACUCACUCAUCCACCACUUCGAUUCCACUCACACCUUAUUUGGCUUUGUGGCUCUCUCUUUUGGGUUCUCUAUUUUUGUUGUUGCCAGAGUGAUCUCUAUAACCCGUACCUGCAUUUUGUCAAUAAGUGCGAAUUGCUGUUCUUCCUUAUAAUUAGUGCAAGUUCAUAUGCGGUUUUGUUGUCUUUCUUUAAAGAGUAAUUACACCCAUAAUUAUUUAUUUUUAAGUUAAAAACUGAUAUAAUCUACCAAGAAUGAAGAUUUCCUAUUCCCUUUUAAGGAAUAAUGUCUAUCCAUUUUGUAGAAACUUGCUUACAAAUGAAUAACAUUACCUACCGCCUAGCUAUGAACACUUUGGCUAAAUUGGUGGACUUACCUGCAACAGAUGUUUGUGGCCUUAUUAACACUAAUGAAAAGAAUAUUUUGGUAGUCGAUAAUGUCAAUAGCGCUAUAGAUGCUAAUGAGUAAAAAGAUGUAGCUAUCUAUGCUAGUACUCUGUCGACAUUUAAUCUUUGGGCAUUUAUCAACUAUAACGUUUAUAGACAAGGUACUAAAGUACCACAAACAGAUGUGACCUGACGUGGACUUACUAUCAUCUACUACUAAGCGCAUUAUUUUCAUAUAACAGCAUGUACAGAAGUAUAGUUAUACCAUGGCAAUUUGCCAACAAUUACAAUUUUUAAUGUAUUUAUUAACAGCAUGUCAUACUAUUAACCACUUAUGGUUGUGAGACGUCUAUGAGACAAGCUAGCUUCUGUUAUCAGGUAUAACAGCUAUAAGCUUUUGUCUUGUCCUAAGCCUGUCUUUGACUCUUGAAGUAAAAAAAAUAAUAAUAAAAAACAAAAAAACAAAAACAAAGCUUGAAAUAUAAAACAUUAAAAAACUAAAACAACAUAUUACUGAGAAACUGGAACGUUAUUGAGGUGAAACCUGACCUGCAGGAAAACCGACACUGGAGAAUCCUUCCAUAAAUUUUCAACCAAUCAGAUUUGAGAAAUUUACAAGAACAUUUUACUUCUUCAAAUGUUCAUUUUCACACGGAAAAUACUUGUUACAAAUCUCAAACACCAUUAGUUACCGACUCUAUGGUAUAAAGAGUCUCUUUUGUGUCCAACAUAAAAAUAAAAAUCACCAAUUAACUUAAAAUUCACCAUCUAAGCUAAAGACGUAUGAUGAGUUAACUUGGCGUAAAUGAGCUAGUUCUGUGAUGUAGCUAGUUAAUUCAAUAAUUAGUUCAAUAUAUUAACCAGCUAGUAACGUUUUAGUUAGCAUUUUGUUUUGUUUUUUAGCUUGUAGGUUUAAAAGAGUACUUUUUGCUAGGGCUCCUGAUUGCUUAGUGUGCUGGCUCUUUACAUCAGUUGACUAUACUUGAGUAUAUUGAAAUGUUGAUACCUUUUGGCUAUGUAGUUCUAGGUUUAAUCUAGAUUUUCACACAGUACCAAAAUGUUUACAUUUCUUACAGUUUCAGGGGAGUUUUCCAACCCUGCACUCCCUCAAGUGUGCUUUGGUAAAGGAUAGGGUGCAGUUGGUUAUUAACAUAAUGCUUUAUUCGCAUGAUUGCUAUUAAUGAGCUAUUAUUCUCUAUCUCUAUCUCUCUCUCUCUCUCGCAGUCUCUUAUUUUUGUAUUUAUUAUUUAUUUAUUUAAUCUACUUAAAAAACAAGGACUAAUGGCGUGUUCAAGUCAUGUCGGAAAGAUCGUGUAUACGAUCUAAACGCUAGUAAAUGCCACCACAAAAUCGUAAUUACAACAAUCGAGAUUUUCUUUGAGCUCCGAGUUGGGGGCGUGUCAUUCAGAAAACGUCUUUCGGAUGAGAUGUCAACAAGCCAAUUUACCUGCACAAAAUACGCUAGCAUCGUACAAUUACGAUAUAAUAUGUAACGAUAAAGUAUACAUUGGUUCAAAUUGAUUAAAAACACGCCAGAUGAAAAUGAUUUGUUCUCCACUCUCUAGAAGUAGAGCUGAAAAGACAACCUGAUGUAUGUUUUAUUAAGAUAAUAAUUAAAGGAAGGAACCUCCAUCUUGUUCCGCGCAAAGUGACUUGAACUCACGUGAUGUCAUAAACUCGUAAAUACGAGCUUCCAAGAAAGACUUUAACAAACAAGGGUGUAAUUACUCUUUAAGGAGUACUGGUUUAGGGACCAUACAGAUAAAUUUAUCUGUUGAUAUAUUUAUCCACACGCAGCUGGACUCCAUUUCUCCAUAUUGAUCUAAAUGCAGUACACCAAGUGCAUGAAAAGCUGAGUCGGCAGUAUCUCAAGAGUCAGCCCAUUAACCAAUAUUCAGUGUACUCAGUCACCAGAGCAUUAGUUGAACAUCAUUGCAACAUAGCCAUACCGAGGAUUAGAGAGAUUAAUGCCCAGCUGUCAUGAUGACAUCACCGUGUUAGUAGCCAGUUUGUCAAAGCUUAGUGGUGUGAUUAAAUCUUUUUGUGGAUUAAUGCUUUUUUCAUUGAUGCUAAAUGUGCAGAGAUGUCUCAAAGGUGUCUUCAAGUGUUUGGUUCACGUGUUAUUAGCAACCGUUUGGUGAAAGUCUUCUUUAUUACAGUGACUUAAAGCGUCCAUCCUAUUCCUGAAGUGUGUUUUUAUGUUUUGCAAAGGAAAACUAGUCCUCUCUUUCCCUUAGUGCCUGUGGUAUUGUAAAAUGUCAGUAUGCCAUAUCAAAUUGAUAAGCGGUACUUUAACACUUUGCUUGUCUUAGAUGAUCGAGGCUUUUGCAUCGCAUGCUAGCAUUUUCUGCUUUGUUUUACUAUUUUAUGAUGUAAGAAUGUAAAGGAAAUCCUUUGAAACUGAGCCUCUGAACAAAAGCUAAGGCAGAAAGAAAAAAAACUGUUUUUAAUUUAUAUGUAGUUGAAGAUUUUUUUUCCUGCUGACACAGUAGUAGCUUGUCCUGUUUGGCUCGAGAGCCUCAGAGGAUUCUGUAAAUAUGUUUUUGAAAGCUUUGAGGGAGAACUUUUCAUGUUUUGAUAGUGAGACUGAAAAUAAAAACGAGAACGAGUGCA